ACAGCCAUUCACUGGCUUCCGUCUCAGCCCGAGGCGCCGCCACGUCCCCUACAGUCCGGGUGGAAACAUGUCCACGGGGGCCGGGUCCCCGGCCCGAGGCUUCUUUGCCUGCGCCUGCUUCCACACGGACAACCUGUUCCUGCGGCGCUACGGCCUGCACGUCAGCUACCGGGACGAGCCGCAGCUCCGCAGGGACUAUGGGCCGGUGUUAGGUGAUCAUGGCUGCAGGAGUGAUGAAGACUUUAAUGCAGUUCUGGAAGAGAUUCAGAAAGAAGUGCAAAGAAGAAAGCAAUUAGAUCAUCAGUCCCUGGCAAGAAAAACCAUAAUUUCACAAUGUUACAAACCAAAGCAUCCAGAAGUAUAUGUUCUACAGGAUUCAUUUCUGGCUCCCGAGUUUUUAGAGACAGUUAAGUACUGCACAUCACAAGAUGCUGAUCUCCAAGGUCUCUUGUGCCGCAUUGAUUCUAUAUCAGAUAAGAGGAUAUAUCGACUUCCAGUGUUCACUGAGGAAUUCUGCCGAGUCUUCAUUGAAGAGAUGGAGAACUUUGAGCAAUCUGAGAUGCCCAAAGGCCGGCCAAACACUAUGAAUAACUAUGGGGUUCUGUUAAAUGAGCUUGGAUUGUAUGAAGCUUUCAUUACACCUAUGCGUGAAAAAUACCUGCAGCCCAUAACAUGCCUGCUUUACCCUGACUGUGGAGGAGGCUCCCUGGACAGCCACAAAGCAUUUAUCGUCAAGUACUCGCUACAUGAAGAUCUGGAUUUGAGCUCUCACUAUGACAAUGCAGAAGUCACAUUAAAUGUAUCCCUAGGAAAAGAAUUUACUGAGGGCAACUUGUAUUUUGGAGACCUCAGACAGGCCCCAACCCCAGUGCCAAAGUAUGUGGAGAUUGAACAUGUGGUAUCCCAAGGCUUGCUACACCGCGGAGGGCAGAUGCAUGGGGCCCUGCCUGUCUCCUCCGGGGAGCGCUGGAACCUCAUUGUAUGGAUGAGAUCAUCUGCUGUUCGCAAUCAGCUUUGCCCCAUGUGCAACAAGAAACCUGAAUUAGUGGAUGCUGAGGGGUUUGGAGAUGGGUUCACAAGAAGUCCUGAAGGUGACAUGCCCAAGACUGUGGAUUUAUGCUCUUUAAUAUAGGAGACGGUAAGGAGUGAAUUCUCCAGUCUGAGCUGGCUAAAACUGAGCUCCAAGCCCCAAGAUAGCAGAAACAAGCAGAGUAUCCCUUUGGCAGAAACAUGUCAGGUCAACAAAUAGCUUCUUAGAAGGCAACUCAGAAACUUCUCUUGGGGGAGGGAAAAGAGCUUUUUGAGCAGCCGCCGCCAUCUGGGGUCUACUGGAGGAGUUGGUGUCUGGGGUAGACAAUGCCUGCACUGUGGGAAUUUUUUAUAAGCAUAUUCUGAAAAUGUAAAAAGGCUUAAGGUAUCGAUCUAUAUCGUGAACUGCAGAGGUCAUCUGAGUACAAUCACACAUAGAAAACAGGCAGAAAGACUGCUUAGGUCUUAUACAAAGACAGCUGCUCUGACAGCCACGGUUACUGGUUGAUGCGUAAAAAAAGAAUUAUACAACAAUAUGCUACCAUGUCAGUCAGCGUCCAUUCACAAUUACCACUACCCUCUUCCGGAUGGAAUAUCUAACUUCACUAGGGCCACGUCCACACUACAGAGUAAAAUCGAAAUUAAUAAAAUCGAUUUUAUAAAACAAAUUUUAUAAAAUCGAUUUUACGCGUC